UUAUAAAAAGAUAGAGAAAAAUCAUGUAAUUACGAUAAAACAUAUCACAUUCAAAUAUGACGAUAAUAGCCUUGGUGAUCAUCAUUUCCCUUGCCUUCAGUAUAGCAAAUGCCCAAUCCAAUGUAACCAGAGGUUCUUCUUUACAGCCUACUGGUGGAACCACCUCAUGGUUGUCCCCAUCCAGCUUAUACGCCUUCGGUUUCUACCCGCAAACCGGAGGCUAUGCGGUUGGUAUAUAUAUUGCCGGAGUUCCAGAAAGGACUGUAGUCUGGACGGCUAGUCGUGACACCCUUCCAUUCUCAAAUAAUGCUACUUUGAGAUUCACAUCUGACGGAAGGCUCACUGUGGAGCAAACACAGGGUCGACAAAUCGAUUUACUUGAUACUGGUGGUGCAUCUUUUGCUUCCCUGCAAGAUUCCGGCAACUUUGUGCUCUAUGAUUCUACAGGGAGGACCAAACUUUGGCAAAGCUUUGAUCACCCGACGGAUACUCUUUUGUCCGGACAACGUCUCCUACCCGGCCAAACGUUGUUUUCAAGUGUCUCGAAGACAGACCAGUCGAUUGGGGUGUUCAGGCUCAUUAUGCAAGGUGAUGGGAACCUCGUGCUGUACCCGAAUAGAGGGACCGGAGAUCAUGCUUACUGGGCUAGCAACACACCUACAGCAGGACCUAACGUGACACUAAAUCUAGAUUCCGAUGGUUUUCUGUAUCUGUUGCAAAAUUCAACUUAUUUUAUAUAUAAUCUAACACAAGGUGGAUAUCCUACAAAAGAUACACUCUAUCUCAUGAAAUUUGAUUUCGAUGGAAUCUUUAGAUUAUAUUAUCAUAAUCUGACUAACGUAGGAAAAAAUGGAUCUGUCAUGUGGGCAUUUUCGUGGAACAGGUGUAUAGGGCCGGGUCUUUGUGGUGUGAACGGGUAUUGUUUCAUGGUAAAUGGCAGUGCCGGAUGUCGAUGUCUACCUGGGUUUGAAUUUGUCAAUCCAGAACGUUGGAGUUUGGGUUGCAAGAGAAAAGACACGGUAGAAAGCUGCAAGAUUACGGAUGUCGGCACCGCAAUCAAAAUGACAAAUUUAAAUAAUGCUCGAUGGGAAGAUGCCACGUAUCUCAUCCCGAAAGCAUCAACCCAAGACGAGUGUUCAUCUGCUUGCUUAAACGACUGCAACUGCGAGGCGGCAUUGUUCACGGGACAAGAAUGCAGGUUGCAGAGGCUCCCAUUAAGAGUCUGGGCAUACAAAAAGAUAUCCGAGAAUCUAAAUGUCCAAUUAUUCGAGGACAUGGGGCCCCGGGCAUUUUCUUAUUCUGCGUUAGAGAAGAUCACAGACGGUUUUAAAGAAGAAUUGGGUAGAGGAUCAUUUGGGGUCGUUUACAAAGGUAUCAUAGAGAGCUCUAUGAGACCUGUGGCGGUGAAGAAAUUAAAACAAGAACUGGCACCGGAAGGAGAACGAGAAUUUCAAACCGAAAUGAAAGUGAUCGCGAGAACACAUCAUCGUAACUUAACAAGGCUGCUAGGUUAUUGCUGUGAUGGUCCGGAAAGGCUGCUGGUUCUUGAGUACAUGACCCAAGGAUCACUUGCGGAUAUACUAUUCGCACCCAAAGAAAGCAAGCCAAAACCGUGUUGGGUGGAAAGAAUUAGAAUGGCGGUUGAUAUUGCUCAUGGCAUCCUUUACCUACAUGAAGAAUGUGAAAAUUCUAUAAUCCAUUGUGACAUUAAGCCGCAAAAUAUCCUUCUGGAUGAGUACGGAUGUGCCAAGAUUUCUGAUUUUGGGUUGGCUAAACUUCUUGAACAUGAUCAAACUAAAACGUCCACCUUGAUAAGAGGAACAAGGGGUUAUGUUGCGCCAGAAUGGCAUAAACGGCUACCCAUAACGGUUAAAGUGGAUGUUUAUAGUUUUGGAAUUCUUCUAUUUAAUAUUUUGUGCUGCCGGAGGAAUGUGGACAACAGUCUUCCUGAAGGUGAAGCGAUUCUUGAAGACUGGGUGUACGAGUGUUACGAAGCAAAGGAAGUGUUAAAACUAGUAGAUUAUGAUGAAGAUGUAGAAAAGACAAGACUCGAACAAAUGGUCAAAAUAGGGCUUUGGUGCGUCCAAGAGGAGCCAUCUCUCCGCCCUUCGAUGAAGAGGGUGGUGUUGAUGCUUGAAGGGACUGUUAAAAUACCUGUACCUCCCAACCCUACUUCAUUUCUUAGUGUUGUUUAGUUCACAUUUUUCUAUAUCAAACAUGUAUUCAAAGGAAACCACAUAAACCAAACUUACUACCAUUGUAUGCAUUUCAUUGACAUUGGUGACCGGUGAGCAAUUAAUCCCCUGAUCUAGUAGUUAGAUUUCGGUUAUAUUGUUUCUCAAA